AUGGCCAAGAAACCAAGAUCACAACGCCGCAAAAAGCAAAAAGAUGGCGACCCUGCUGCUGAUAACAACAUUAAUGCCAGCGACAAUCCUCGCCUCGAGACUCUGUCCGACAGUCACACGGUCGACGACAGUGUAGGGAUGAGCGUCAUGUUGUUGGACGAUUUUGACUUUGACGCCGAAAACAAUAAUGACGCAAUGACAGACAUUGAUUUCAAAGACACGGGCAACCACGCGGCCGAAGAAGCCAUGGCCGCCCGCUACCAACGACUCCAAGAUACGUUGUCGACGUUGGAAGAAAUUCCCACCAUGAAACAAUCGGCACGGCGGGAAGCAUCCCUGCGCAAACUAUUUCGGGCAUUCUCCCAAUAUGCGACCGGACCGGCCGGGCAAAUGGCAGUUGCCUCCAGACAAGAUGAGAUUCGCACCGCCUGCAAUGUGCGAUCGGGUACGACUCCGGCCGAACAGUAUGCGGCGUGUCGCGUGUUGGCAGUCACAUCGGUCGUGCUGGGGGCGGACCAAGAUGAGUAUUACGAAGCAAUCGAACGACCGCUCCGGCGGGUCGUCAUGGCCAAUCGGGCUACACCCGUUCGUGUCGCUGCAUUGCGAGCCUUGGCCAUGGCCAAUUUGAUUUGUUCCAGUGAUACGGAAACGGCAGAAUCCUUGUUGGAUUUGUGCGAAGCAUUGGCCGCUACAGAGUAUCGAGGAUUGACCGUACCGGGCACGCUCCGUGCCGCGGCACUGGAUUGUUGGUCCUUGUUGGGGACUACCAUUUCCGAUUAUCACUUGUCCGGCAAGGACGAUGUCAUGAUUGGACGGGGACUCGCCAUACUCGACUUGCUCAAAGAUAGUCUGGAAGAUCAAGCCUGUCCGGAAUUGCGAUCGGCCGCGGGAGAAUGUCUGUCACUCAUUCACGAGGCGCGAUUGAAUUUGGGAACCGAUAUAGGUGAAAAUACCACCGAACGGAGGUAUCGACAAGGUUCCUGGGAAGGAUCCGAAUUUGAAGUCACCAUGGACGAAGUCAAACAACGCAUUGCCGAAUUAUCCACAGAGUCGGGGUAUCACAUGAGCAAAAAGGCCAAAAAGGAACAACGAGCAACCUUUCGAGAAUUCAUGAGUACCAUUGUAGACGAUGACGCACCGGAAGAAAUUGUCAGUUUUCGCGGUGGGACCAUUACACUGCACACAUGGAGAGAAAUCAUUCAAUUGAACUUUAUUCGACACUGUCUGCAGGGAGGAUUUCAAAUCCAACUGCUCACCAAUGAAACGCUACAAGAGAUUUUUGGUGCCGACGGACAACUCUUGAAUGCCAUGACCAACUUGACAACGCUUGAAAAACGAUUGGUCAUGUCCAAAACCAGUGAGGCAUCCAAAGCAGCCGACCAGGAAUUGACACGACAAAGAAAGGUGCGGAAUAAUGUCAAGAACUAUUUCUUGACAGCCGAUGGAGAUGACUUAUAG